ACAUACACAUAUCUAUAUAUAUAUACACACACACAUACAUGUAUGUAUGUAUGAAUUUGCUCAUUGAACGCACAUAAAGUAACCUUUGAAUUCUCCUUUGAUAGGUGUUGUGCCAAAGUUGAGAAUAAUCUGCCAAUAUUCUUGGGCACAUAUUAUUUAAGGAUUCUCAAGUCUGUCAUUGUUUUUACCUUAUUCCAAAGGGCUGGAUUUCUUUUUUUAUUUGGUGACAGAUGAGAUUUGAACUUUGAACAAAUACUACAAGGCAUUCUACCUGAUGCUCUAAAGACUACUAAUUUGAUACAACACACACACAUAUAUAUAUAAUAUAUAUAUAUAUAUAUAAUAUAUAUAUAUAUAUAUAUAUAUAUAUAUACACAUGCAAGUACACAUACACACACACAUAUAUAUGCACGUGUGAUAUAUACUCAAGCACAUCAAAAGUGAAGCGGGAAAAUGAAAUUAAGAAAUUUCAUGUCAAAUGUGCUUCGGAUACCCAAACUAACUAGUGGUUUUGGCAAACUACUUCCACAUCCUGUAGCUGUAACAACUUCAUCGGGACACUAUAAUGUACAGAAAUGUCCCUUCAACCAUGUCCAGUUAAUUGAAACAUCUGACUCAGAUCACGAACAACUCUGUCCAUUCAAAGCAAUUCCCGGUGCUCCAGGCUUACCAUUUAUUGGCAACUUGCUAGAUUACCGAGACAAAUACAAACUGUGUUUCACUGAAAUAUUUAAGAUAUUUCAUAAAAGGUCAGAGAAAUAUGGUGAAAUUAUCAAAGAAACUCUUGGUCCAGAAGAAAUCAUCUCAAUUUCAAAUGCUGAAGAAUACAUGAAUGUUAUCCGUGCAGAUGGUCGUCAACCAAUCAGACCCCCAUUGGAACCUUUGGCUCACUACCGGAGGGAAAAGGGUUUGGAAAUUGGUAUAUUUAACUCGCAGAGCGAGGUCUGGCAUAGGUACCGAAAAAUACUGAGCAAGAAACUGCUGGUGCCUAAAAUGAUUACUUGCCACAUUCCCUCCAAAAAUGCCGUAGCAAAUGACUUUGUUCACAGACUGGGAUGUUUAACACAUGAAAAUAAUGGUGAAACUGAAGAUCUCCGGCAAGAACUCUUCCGAUGGUCAAUGGAAACUGCUGGAAUAAUGCUGUUCAAUGAGAGAUUGGGCUGUCUGGAAGCAAACCCACCUUCAGUUGCUAUUGAUUUUGUGAAAAACCUUCAAGGAUUCCUCGGCCAUCUCAACUACCUCUUGUUCAGUAUGCCACUCUAUAAAAUAUUUCGAACAAAACGGUGGCGAGAAUUUGAGCAUUACAAUGAUCAGCUGGUUUCCAUAGGAUCGUCUUUACUUAAAAAAAAAAUGGAAAAGGCACAAGAACUUAUGCUAUGCAGUGAAACAGAUGAAGACAACCAAUCAAAUAACGAGCUACUCAGCCACCUUGUGUCUCAGAAACUCCUCACUAUGAAAGAAUCAACCCACAUGGCUAUAGAACUUUUGAUGGCAUCUGUUGAAUCAGUAUCAACCAGCAUGUCAUGGAUCCUGUAUUGCCUGGCAAAUAACCCAGAUGCCCAAGAACAGCUCUACAAAGAAAUCCAAAAUGUUGUGGGUGACAGUGAAACUGUCACAGCAGAGAUGCUACAACAGCUGCCUUUCGUGAAAGCAUGUUUCAAAGAAGCAGUCAGGGUGUAUCCUGUGGUGUUUUUCAUCAGUCGUAUCCUACAAAAGGAUGUCAACAUCUGUGGCUACAAGGUACCGACAGGGACCAAGGUACAGGCCAGUCUCUACAGCAUCAGCCGAGACACCAAUAUGUUUUCAAACCCAGAGAAAUAUGACCCACACAGAUGGAUCAGAAAAGAACCUGGAUGUCGUUAUUAUUAUAAUCUAGUAUUUGGACAGGGAGCACGGAUGUGUCUUGGGCGAAGAGUUGCAGAACUUGAUAUACACCUUCUUUUGACAAAGAUUAUACAGAACUACCAUUUAGAAUACCAUCAUGAAGACGUAAAACCAAAAGCUAAUAUUGUACUCAUACCCGACAGACCAAUCAAGUUGAAGUUCAUCAGGCGGAACUCAGACAGAAGAAAGACUUUAAAUUAAUAAAUAACACUGUCAUCCAGCCAGACUUUAAAUUACUUACAUCGUCA